AUGAUGGAGAAGGGUGGAGAUAUGGCUGGUCCUUCCGCCAACAAUUCCAGCGACUUUGUCCGAAAAUUAUACAAAAUGCUCGAAGACCCAACAUACGAAAGCAUAGUACGGUGGGGUGAAGCAGGAGAGAGUUUUGUGGUUCUCGAAAACGAGAAAUUUACCAAACAAAUCCUACCGAAGCACUUCAAACACAGCAACUUUGCUAGUUUUGUUAGACAGCUGAACAAAUAUGAUUUCCACAAGGUCCGACAGAAUAACGAGGAUAAUACACAAUCUCCUUAUGGGCAAAAUGCUUGGGAAUUCAAACAUCCCGAAUUUCAAGCGAACAAAAAGGAUUCACUAGAUAAUAUCAGACGAAAGGCACCGGCUCCGAGGAAGGUUGCUCAGAGUAAUGAAGAGACGUAUCCGGCUCAUGCCCAACAGCAAAUGGAUCUCCUUGGUAAUCAACUCGCCGCCACUCAACAACAGUUACAGGGACUCUCUCGGAGUUAUCAGGAUUUAGCACAGCUUAACGUAAUGCUGUUACAACAAGUUGUCGAUGCUCAAAAGUUCAUCAAAAACCAUGAAGGAGUUAUGCAUGGUCUCGUUGGACAUCUAUUUGGCCAGGAUGCGCAACGAAGGAAUGGCCGGGCUCCAGGACUUUCAAAUGGUGCUGGACCCAACAUGCUCGGUCGACCUACAGAAGAUGGUCAUCCGUCAACUCCAUUGCUUCAAGCUCGAAGCCUUCUUGGGCAACUAUCGGCCGAGAAUUUCCCCAGCAAAGAGUUGGAACAGAUGAGUCACGAUUAUCAUUUACGACAAGAUUACUCAACUCCCCCAAAUGAUCCAGGAGGACUUGUCUCGAUGCCUCCAAUUUCAGAAUCAGUGAACGCCCCGACAACGGGCUAUUCUAUGGACAAAUCUGAACUGGAUAAUCUGGUCUAUCCUGUUGGUGCUAUCGUCGGUAUUGAUCCAAUCGAUCAACAGCAUGUCAAUAACAUUCCAUACGCGCUCCCCCCUCAAGGAUUGAUGCCACGGGACAGUAUGCCCCCCGCUGAGCUGAUGCCCCAACCUCCUCGUGCGCCCGGUCCGCGUAAGAAGGGCAUGGUUUCGAUUUGGGGUGAACGGAAGCCCAGGAUUUUACUGGUAGAGGAUGAUCAGGUAUGCGCACGAAUUGGAACUAAAUUCUUGGAAUCAUUCGAAUGUGGAGUUGAUAUAGCACGUGAUGGCCUCGAGGCAGUAAGCAAAAUCAACCUUGGUGCAGAGAAUCAUUUCGAUCUCAUUUUAAUGGAUAUCAUUAUGCCGCAUCUUGAUGGAGUGUCUGCGACUGUAUGCAUACGAGAAAUACGUGCAAAUAUUCCCAUCAUUGCAAUGACGUCCAAUAUUCGAACUGAUGACAUUGAAAUGUACUUCCGUUACGGUAUGAAUGAUGUUUUACCGAAACCUUUCACGAAAGAGGGUAUGAUGAAAGCACUUGAGAAACAUUUGGCUCAUUUCAGAAAGGAUGCGCCUCCGAUCGGUUUCUCAAGCCCCGGGCCAAUGUCACAUCCGGGUGGAUUUGUUACCCCAACUCAGUCGCAGUCUCACCCUCCAUUGGGUCUAAACAUGGGCCAAUUAACUGCCACCCAGUCCAUAGUAGAUGAUGCAGCUUCUGGAAAGUCACCUCAAACUGCUACAUCUUGGCAGUCGCCAAUUCAAUUACCAGGGGGGUCUCCAGUUGUAACCUCGGCCCCAGGUAGCUAUAUGCAGCCUACUAAUGGCAUGAGAGACCCAUCAUAUUCUGUGACUCCAACCCACCCUCAUUCUCAAUCUGGCUUCGCUGCGCCUCUAUCCGGUCUAGGUAAUCAGAGACCUCCACAUAGGAGAGGCAUAUCCGACAUAAGUGGUGCCAGUACACCGGAUGGCAAUUCUGAUCAAAAACGCCAGAGAAUGUAUGCCCCGCCUGGAAACUACCAGCAAGGCUGA